AUGCCUAGGGAAAUUAUCACAAUACAAGCUGGCCAAUGCGGCAACAAUGUUGGAAGUCAAUUCUGGCAACAGCUAUGCAUGGAGCAUGGAAUAAGUCAAGAUGGAAAUUUGGAGGAGUUCGCGACUGAGGGUGGUGAUCGCAAGGAUGUUUUCUUCUACCAGAGUGACGAUACCCGAUAUAUUCCCCGAGCGAUCUUAUUAGACUUAGAACCGAGGGUUCUCCAUAGCAUUCAAUCCGGUCCCUACAAAAACAUUUACAACCCAGAGAAUUUCUUUAUCGGACAGCAGGGCAUUGGUGCCGGAAACAACUGGGGUGCUGGUUAUGCGGCUGGUGAGGUUGUCCAGGAGGAGGUCUUCGAUAUGAUCGACCGAGAAGCGGACGGAAGUGACUCGCUGGAGGGGUUCAUGUUCCUACACUCGAUCGCCGGAGGUACCGGCUCGGGAUUGGGAAGUUUUAUUCUGGAACGCAUGAACGACCGGUUUCCGAAGAAGUUGAUUCAGACAUAUUCUGUUUUCCCGGAUACCCAGGCUGCGGAUGUCGUCGUGAACCCUUAUAACAGUCUUCUUGCUAUGCGACGUCUGACCCAGAAUGCCGAUUCUGUUGUGGUCCUGGAUAACGGAGCUCUCUCACGAAUUGUCGCAGACCGACUUCAUGUCCAAAACCCUUCAUUCCAGCAAACGAACCAACUUGUUUCUACUGUCAUGUCCGCCUCCACCACUACCCUUCGAUACCCCGGCUACAUGCACAACGAUCUUGUCGGAAUCAUUGCCUCACUCAUCCCCACCCCCCGCAGCCAUUUCCUACUCACCUCGUACACGCCAUUUACCGGAGAUAAUAUCGAACAGGCGAAGACUGUCCGGAAGACAACUGUACUCGAUGUUAUGCGUCGUCUUUUGCAGCCGAAGAACCGAAUGGUUUCGAUUAACCCUAGCAAAUCGAGCUGCUACAUCAGUAUCCUCAACAUUAUUCAGGGCGAAGCAGAUCCGACCGAUGUGCACAAGUCACUGCUCCGUAUCCGCGAACGACGCCUGGCAUCGUUUAUACCCUGGGGUCCUGCGAGCAUCCAGGUGGCUCUAACAAAGAAGUCGCCGUACAUCCAGAACACACAUAGAGUCAGCGGACUGAUGCUGGCGAACCACACAUCUGUUGCCACUCUGUUCAAGCGAAUCAUCCAACAGUACGACCGUCUUCGAAAGCGCAACGCAUUCCUGGAGCAGUACAAGAAAGAGGCGCCUUUCCAGGAUGGUCUUGACGAGUUCGACGAGGCGCGAGCUGUGGUCACGGACUUAAUUGGGGAGUAUGAAGCGGCAGAGAGAGAAGACUACCUGGACCCUGAUGCAGGGAAAGAUAAGGAACUUGGAGUCUAA